AAAAGUCAACGGAAAAGCCGAUGGAGAUUUCAAAGAAACAUGGACGAAGAAGACGAAGUCAGAGCUUUGGCUUGACUAAGAAAAAAGGAACAAAAUGGAAAUUCUUGUAAUUGGAGACUUAAUAUUAUUAUAAUUAUUGUUAUUAAUAUCAAAGGCGAGAGGUUUAGGGCUUACAAAAGAUCGAAGAAAAAAAAUGGAUUCAAAAAAAUUUGUUUCGAUCUCUUUUUUCUUCUUUUCUUUUCUUUUACUCUUCCAUGAAUCUGUCGCUCGAACUGUGGAUGGUGGACCUCCCAUGUCUUCUCCGUCACCGUCACCGGCGCCUGGGCCUGGUGAAGAGGGAUGUUGGUUUCAGUCGGCGAGUUGCCGUAACGAAAGCUUAAUGGCAUGCAUUGAUCCUUCGUCAAUUGCUUCAAAGGAAUUAUUAUUUGUCAAGAAUGAUGGUGAGAGACUCCUAAAUGUGACUAUCUCAUAUGCUAAGCAUAUCAUCCAGAAGAUUCCAAUACCAGGACACCAAAUUAAAGAGGUUAAUAUCUCAGCAAAUCUUGGUGGAAAUUCAGUCAUACAAUUAGAUGCUGGAAAUUUGGAGUGUGUAAUUCGCAUAGGAUCACCAGCAUUAGGUGGCAGCAUCUUCAAUUAUUUCCCUUUUGCCACACAAAUAACCCCCAUCAAUGGAGCCUACCUACUGUUUCUAACAGGUCUGAUCGUCUGGAGUACUUGGGCGUGCUACAAGCAUGGUAAAAGAGGACGGCAGGGUGAUGGAAUCCCAUAUCAGGAGCUGGAAAUGGGGCAACCUGAUUCACCUUCACCUCACAAUGUGGAAACAGCUGAAGGUUGGGAACAAGAUUGGGAUGGCAACUGGGAUGAGAUAAAGUCAAAGACAGCUAAGGGCCUUACUUCCAGGCCUCCCAAGAGAGAUGAUCGGGAAAAUACUUGGGAUGACUAGGAUGAGAGUUAUGAGAUAAUAGUU